AUGUCACUUGAAUCGUUAUUCGUGCUCAUCAUCGUUAUACUCUUACUAAUACUCCUAUUUGUGGGCGCCGAAGAGAGCAGACAAUCGAAAACAGGAACAACAUCAGCAUCAGAAGAUGAAAGACUGAAAACGUAUGAAAGUAGAGUGAUUCGUCAACGAUACGCCUCGCAGCGUAGCGCACCCCGUCGGACGUCAACACCUCCGCCGCAAGUACACGAACUGAAAAUGCCUCCGCCGCCGAGAGUUUCGUCGCCGAGAAAUCCACCGCCAGCUGUGGUCAUGCCCCCAUGGGGCGAUGACAGGAGACGUUUGAUGCAUUGGGAGGCUGUACACCCGGCAGGACCAAUCCCUGAGGAUUGCCCUAAGCCGAUCGAAACGUGUGGUAGAAGAGAUCGUGAGGACCGUGCUAAACCGAUCGAAACAUGUGGUAGAAGGGAGCGUGAGGAUCGCCUUAAACCGAUCGAAACGUGUGGUACAAGGGAUGGUGAGGAUCACCCUAAACCGAUCGAAACGUCUGGUAAAAGGGAAGUUGAGCCGCCACCAGAAUUCUGCGUGUAUCCUGGAAGGAUGAGCGAAAGGGUGAGCAGUGGUCACGAUUCGUCGAAGGGGCCAGUAGUGGUGAGACCAGCGAGAAAGACUGAUAGCUGCAAGACGGCUGAACUCGGAUCGCCGCUGUGGACGGCAAGGCAAAGGACAGAUAACACACAUUGUAUGAGGUCGAGACCGAGGACGUCCAGCAGCACUAGCAGCCAAGACAAAAAGCGUAAAAGAUCGCAAGAGAAUGAAAGCGCGCGCAAAAGACGUGAGCAGAGCAUAGAACGACGAAUGGAGGAAGACGCAAUUAUGCGUCGAAAGAUGCGCGACGACGAGAGCAGACGCCGCAAGCAACGACAGGAAGAGGAAAGGAGAAGACAAUGUGAAGAGCAGGAACGUCGAAGAGCUGAAGAUGAGCGUCGAAGACAGAGAGAAGCGGAAGAAAUGCGAAGAAUGGAGGAAGAACGACGAAGAAUGGAGGAGGAACGCCGAAGACAGCGGGAACAGGAGGAACGUGAGGAGGCUGAACGUCGAAAGAGAGAGGAAGAGCAACGUAGGCAACGUGAAGAGGAGGAACGCCGAAGGAGAGAAGAAUUCCGAAGGAGAGAGGAAGAGCGUCGAAGGAUAGAGGAGGAGCUAAGAAGGCAAGAAGAGGAACGCCGAAGACAAGAGGAAGAGGAACGACAAAGGUUAGAGGAGGAACGAAGAAGAAAAGAGCUGGAAGAACGUAGAAGAAGAGAGGUAGAGGAACGAAGGAGAAGAGAGGAGGAGGAACGAAAAAGAAAAGAGGCGGAGGAACGAAGGAGAAGAGAGGAGGAGGAACGAAGGAGAAAGGAGGAGGAGGAGGAAUUCCGAAGAAGAGAGGCUGAGGAACGAAAAAGAAGAGAGGCCGAAGAGGAACGCCGAAGAAGAGAGGCGGAAGAACGAAGGAGAAGAGAGGAGGAGGAACGAAGGAGAAGAGAGGAGGAGGAGGAAUCCCGAAGAAGAGAGGCAGAGGAACGAAGAAGAAGAGAGGAGGAGAUGCGAAAGCAGUCUGAGGAUGCUGAACGACAUCGACGGGAUCGUGAAGAGCAAGAAAGACGUCGAAGAGAAUAUGAAGAACAAGAACGCAGAAGGCAGGAAGAGGAGAGGAGGAGACGCCAAGAGGAGGAUGACAGACGAAGAGUAAUUUGCGAAGUGCCGCCACCACGCCAUGGGCAUCGCCAUCACAGCAGACAUCGUGCGAAAGGUGAACCGCCAAGCAGAAGCAGAUCGACGGCCAAAGCGCAUUGA